AUCUCAUACCAGCCCUCAUUCCGCACAUUCCAGGCUUCCUCCUUUCAAACUCCAGGCCAGGGGGCGGGCAGGGCCCGAGCUCCCGGCUCCCGCCGCCCGCGGCCGCGUCCCCCAGUGUGCUGAGGACUUAGAGAAAGACAACCAUCCCCACCCUCGUGGAGUCUGACGUAUGGUGGAGGCCGAUCAUUCAUGGGAGAUGGAGGGGUCAGAUAUGUAAAGCACGGGGACCUGUUGGAGCUCAGAGGUCCAACGGGCGCUCCUCCAAGCGGAGCCUUGGAGGGCAAGGCCGGCACCAUUACCUCCAACGAGUGGAGCCCUCCUAACUCCCCUGAGGGGAGCAACGUCUCUGGGGGCAGCCAGGCAUUGGACAAGCCCAUCGACAAUGAUGCGGAGGGUGUAUGGAGUCCGGACAUCGAGCAGAGCUUCCAGGAGGCCCUGGCCAUCUACCCGCCUUGCGGCCGCCGCAAAAUCAUCCUCUCGGAUGAGGGCAAGAUGUACGGUCGGAAUGAGCUGAUUGCCCGCUACAUCAAGCUCCGGACAGGCAAGACCCGCACCAGGAAGCAGGUCUCCAGCCACAUCCAGGUGCUGGCCCGUCGAAAAGCCCGUGAGAUCCAGGCCAAGCUAAAGGACCAGGCAGCUAAGGACAAGGCCCUGCAGAGCAUGGCUCCCAUGUCGCCCGCCCAGGCCAUCUCCGCCACAGCCUUCCACAGUAAAAUGGCCCUCGCCCGGGGCCCAGGCCACCCAGCAGUCUCAGGGUUUUGGCAAGGAGCUUUGCCGGGCCAAGCUGGAACAUCCCAUGAUGUGAAACCUUUCUCUCAACAAACCUACGCUGUCCAGCCUUCGCUGCCUCUGCCAGAGGCUGAGGUGUGGACCCGUCCCCAUGUGCCUUUCCUGCUGCAUGCAGGGUUUGAGUCUCCUGCAGGACCCGCCCCAUCGCCCUCAGCGCCCCCGGCACCCCCAUGGCAGGGCCGCAGUGUGGCCAGCUCCAAGCUCUGGAUGUUGGAGUUCUCUGCCUUCCUGGAGCAGCAGCAGGACCCUGAUACGUAUAACAAGCACCUGUUUGUACACAUUGGCCAGUCAAGCCCAAGCUACAGUGACCCCUACCUCGAAGCCGUGGACAUCCGCCAGAUCUAUGACAAAUUCCCAGAGAAAAAGGGGGGACUCAAGGAGCUCUUUGAACGGGGACCUUCCAAUGCCUUUUUUCUUGUGAAAUUCUGGGCAGACCUCAACACCAACAUCGAGGAUGAAGGCAGCUCCUUCUACGGAGUCUCCAGCCAAUAUGAGAGUCCGGAGAACAUGAUAAUCACUUGUUCCACCAAGGUCUGCUCCUUCGGCAAGCAGGUGGUAGAGAAAGUGGAGACCGAGUAUGCCCGCUAUGAGAAUGGCCACUACUCAUACCGCAUUCAUCGGUCCCCACUCUGCGAGUACAUGAUCAAUUUCAUCCAUAAGCUGAAGCACCUGCCCGAGAAAUACAUGAUGAACAGCGUGCUGGAGAACUUCACCAUCCUGCAGGUGGUCACCAACAGAGACACGCAAGAGACCUUGCUGUGCGUUGCUUAUGUCUUUGAGGUGUCAGCCAGCGAGCACGGGGCUCAGCACCAUAUCUACCGGCUGGUGAAAGAAUAAGAGACUCAGGGAGCAGGGAGGGGGGAAGUGACAUCGUGUGUGCAGGGACAUGGGGAGGGGAUCUGUGGGGGCGGCCCCUGAAGUGCCAGGAGAGCUGAGAGGUCAUGACUCUUCCUAUCCAGGAACAAACUGUGCCUGAACCUGCAAUGCCCAAUCCCAAAUAAACCCAAGAUGGUGUGUAUUUUCAGAGGACCUGAUCUGGCUGUAUGAGCCUCGGGAGGGACUGUGGGAGAAGGGGAACCGACUGGGAAGCAGCCAGAAGCAGUUCCCGAAAUCCCCAGUGGACUCAGCCAGGAACGUCGCCAGAUGCUGAAGCUCAAGAUAGGAUGGCUUCUCUGCUGCUAUCGAGUCCUGCACUGUGCUGCUGGCCACCCUGGGAGGCCCGAGGAUAGGCUCGCGGGUUCUCUGUUCCUCCUCUGCUGUCAUCGAGCCCUGCACUGUGCUGCUGGUCACCCUGGGAGGCCUGAGGAUAGGCUUGUGGGUUCUGUGCAUAUCCAUGUGUGCACGUGCGGGACUUGUGCACGGCCCUGGCCACCUCUGUUGCCCCUUCCCCAGCACAGUUAGCAGGGAGGCUUGGUCCAGCCCGGGGGUCGGAUUUGGGGUGUGGAGGUAACAGUUGUUGGAAAGGUUGGAAGGGGACACAGCCAGAGCUCUCUAGAUAGUUUCUAUCCGUCCAUCCCCAGUGGGCAUAGAUUCCAUGGUCAUGCUGGCUGCUUCGGAGUAGCUGUCGCAGAUCAUAGGAGCUUGAGACAGGGAGGGUGAGAGGGGUGGCAUGGAAGCCAGCCUGCAGAGUUUAGGUGGUGAGGCUGGUAUCACACAGCAUCCUUUGUGGGGGGUGAAGGCCAAGAAAAUGGGUCAGAGGUCUGCAGUGCACCAGUGGUCUCUGAGACCACACAGUUCUGAUGAUCUGUGAGUCCUCCCUGGGCUCCCCUCCACCCCCAGCCGGGGUGCCUGCUGGGUGGUGACUGCCUCGGAGUCAGUCCAGACUGUCCACUCCCUCCCCAGACAGUAGUAGUUUCUGUACUCCCUGUGGGUGGAGGAGGGGGGUGAAACCCUCUCUGGGCCUUGAGGGAACCAGUGAAGGGUUCCCUGGUUCAUCUCUUUUGAGAAGUGCAUGGGCUUAGGGUUUUGGUGGUCCUGGCUUCAGUCCUGGUAUUUUUUAGCUGUCUGACCUUGGGCAAAUUUCUCUACCUGUCUGAGCCUUAGUGUCCUUUGCUCUCUCUAAAAGGGAAGGCAAUAGUACCUACCUUAGAAGGCCUUAGUGAGAAAGAGAGCUAAUGUCUAUAAAAGUGCCUGGUGCAAGAUGCACUAAUUAAGUGUUGUUAAUUAGUUUAUCCCUCCCUUCCUUCAGGGGAGCCUGGGCCUGGCUCUUUGCUGCCAUCUAGUGGCCCUCUGUUAUCAUCCACAGCAGGAACCACAAUUCCAGCAACCUGGAGCAGAAGGGGAAGAAGAUUCAACCUACCAGUGUUUACUUUGUGUCCAGCACUCAGGGAGAUAUAUUAUGGGAAUACAAAAGUGAGUAAAAUAGCAUUUAGGAGGUGUUAUGGUGGUUAGGAUCAAGGGCUCAAGUCAAACAGCUAGGAUUGGAAUCCUGGCACUCAGCCACUGACUAGCUAUGUGACCUUGGGGGGCAAGUUACUUAAUGUCACUAUGCCUCAGUUUCCCCAUCUGUAAAAUGGGUAUAAUAAGAGUACCUACCUCGUAUACGUAGAGUGCCUAGCAUAGUGCCGAGCACAUAAGUAUGUUUGAUAAAUAUACAUUAUUAUUCAUAGCAGGAGCUCGCAAUCUAAAAAGCCAGAUUGGAUAACUCUUAAGUGGGGUUGGCUGGUCCUCACAGAAACUGGAGUUCAGAGAUGGUAGAGAGCAGGGUGUGGAAGAUCCAGGGAAGAGGUUGCGAUUGAGAGGGGCUGCCCCUUAAAGGGUUUAGAUAAGCAGUGUUUAGAUCAGCAGAUAGGAUGAGGGCUGGCCAGUGCUCCAGAUGGGGAAAAGAAGCUGGCUAUCCAGUUUCCUACCUCACAGGCCAGGACUGCCACUUCUCAUCAAGAAGCAACUUUAAGCAGACGCCUCUGGACGGCUGCUAGACCUCGUGCCAAGUUACAUAACUGCACUCUAUGCGGGGCCGGCUCGCAUCAAAAGAUGUGAUGUGGAGGUGGGGCCUGGGGUCCGGGAGUGUCUGAGCAGACCACGUGUGCUCACGUGUCUGUGGGCGGGUUUGUGUGAGCCUGUCCCACCCCACCCCUAGUCACUGUCACAAGCCUUGCCCUCUCCCCGCAUCUUUCCCCUCAGGCUGUUUGGAUAAGGGGCACCUUAUGCCUACACUUCUAGCUUGACUGUGAACCUCUAGGUAAAUAUGCAGGAAGGAUGUGUGAGCAGCCUCUUGGCCGUGGCACAAAUGCACGAGUCAAGGAGAUGAUCUUUUGUGUUAUGGGUGGAAAGGAGUCAGUGCAGGUGUGGGGGCCAAGUGUUGGCUGUGCAUUUUCCCUUUUCUUUAUGACCUGACCUCAGUAGCUUAAUGGAAAGUCAUGUACUUACAGCUGUAAGUUCCAGGCCAGUCAGCCACAGGAAUGCAGACGUAGGUGCCUUUCCCCUGGUGCAGUGCAGACUGCGGCCAUGGGGGCAAGUGGGAGCCCUGGCCUGGCCCGCCUCUCCUGCUAGGCAUCUCUGACACUGACUGCCCUGCGGCCCGAGGUGGGUGCCCUUCCCUGCCUUUCGGCCUUGGCACCAAAUGUUCCCCUGGCCAGUUGUGCCCUGCCCUUCUCCCACUGGAGAACUGUUACAUUCUUCAGGAGCUGGUGUGCACUCACCCCUUCUCAUGCAGAAGGGUUAACCACACCUGCCCUUAUGCGGCAGAAGCCUUCUAUUCCUGACCCCUUGGACACCUGUGACAUGGUACCAGAACAUAGGCACCCUGUCACCUCUUCUAAUCCUCACCCAGUGGGUAUUGUGCUGUCCCCCUUUGAAAGAUGAGGAAAGGGGCACAGAGAAGUAAACUAACUUGCUUAGAGUAUUAAUGCAUUUUUUUCAUUCAGUUAGCAAAUAUUUACUUAAUUUCUGCUCUGUGCCAGGCACUGGGAACAUAUCACUGACCAAGACAGAUGCGGUCCCUGGGGAGCUUACAUUUCAUUGAGGAGGGAAACAAAGCACAUAACAGGAUGUGCAGACCAUGGCAAGUGCUUUCACGGCAGUGAGGGGAGCUGAGAGUCACUGGGAAAGCCUCUCCCGCCCGGGGAAGGUGAGGGAAGGCAUUCUGAGUAGAGGCAGGGAGGUUUGGGUGCAGGGCAGGUGCAGAGAGGAGGUGUGUGCCAGGUACAGAGAGCAAGAGCUGCACAGGCUAAGGUACGGAGGCAGCAGGGGCUAGAUCCUGGUCGGGCCAGCCGCCCAGACUAGGGUGGGGGCCAGGCAAUCCAACUUCCUCCGCAGCCCAACACCCCCUUCCUUGGCAAGGUCUUUGGGUUUUACUCCUUGUGAAGGGAGAUCCUGGAAGUGUUUGAAACAAGCAGUAAAUAUUUUUGGUCUUUAAUCUUUGCCUUUUUUUU